AUGGCCGGCGUCGACGCCGCCAGGUACGCGCACAGCCCGGCGCACCACGCCGUGGCGGCGCGGGACCACGCCGCGCUGCGCCGCGUGCUGGACGCGCUCCCGCGGGCGCGCCGGCCCGAGGAGAUCCGGACGGAGGCGGACUCCGUCGCCGAGGAGGCCCGCGCCGAGGCCGUCUCGGCGGUCAUCGACCGCCGCGACGUGCCGGGGCGGGAGACGCCGCUCCACCUCGCCGUGCGCCUCUGCGACGCCACGGCGGCCGAGAUGCUCAUGGCGGCCGGCGCCGACUGGAGCCUGCAGAACGAGCAGGGCUGGAGCGCGCUCCAGGAGGCCAUCUGCGCGCGCGAGGAGGCCCUGGCGCGCGUCAUCGUGCGCCACUACCAGCCCCUCGCCUGGGCCAAGUGGUGCCGCCGCCUUCCCCGCGUCGUCGCUGCCAUGCACCGGAUGCGGGACUUCUACAUGGAGAUCACCUUCCACUUCGAGAGCUCCGUCAUCCCAUUCAUCUCCCGCAUCGCGCCCUCCGACACCUACAGUGUCUGGAAGCGCGGCGCCAACCUCCGCGCCGACAUGACCCUCGCCGGUUUCGAUGGCUUCAAGAUCCAGCGCUCCGACCAGACCAUACUCUUCCUCGGGGAGGGUUCGGAGGACGGCAAGGUGCCGCCGGGUUCACUGUUCAUGAUCAACCACAAGGACAAGGAGAUUAUGAACGCGCUGGAGGGGGCAGGCGCCCCGGCCUCAGAGGCAGAGGUCCAGCAGGAGGUCUCUGCAAUGUCACAGACCAACAUCUUCCGUCCGGGGAUCGACGUCACCCAAGCGGUGCUGCUCCCGCAGCUCACAUGGCGGCGGCAGGAACGGACAGAGGCCGUUGGUCCGUGGAAGGCAAAGGUGUAUGACAUGAAUCAUGUGGUGGUCAGUGUCAAGUCAAGGAGGGUCCCGGGGGCGAUGACGGAUGAGGAAUUCUUCUCAUCUUGCAAUGACAAUGAUACAGAGAGCGAGGGGUUUGAUGAUGUUCUGACAGAGGAGGAGAAGAAGCAGUUGGAGGCCGCUCUAAAAAUGGAUUCUCCAGAUGCCGGUGGGGAGUCUGACUCAUUUGCUGGUCCUCGACAUAGUUGCGUUGAGCCAAGGGAGAGGGAGAUACCGAUUGAGGACAUGAGUGUUUCUGGAAUUGGAGAGAGUAAGCAUGACAAGAAAGGUUGGUUCAGUAAUUGGGGAAAGAGAAGUCAGGUUAGCAAGCCAGAAGGGGUGAAGAAGAUGGCACCUCCAAGGAGCUCGCUCUGUGUAGAUGAGAAGGUGAGCGACCUCCUCAUUGAAUCGCCCUCAAAUGUACAAACAAGACCAGGAAGGCAUUCGGUAGAUGUAGUCAGAGCAGAUGACAACAGAAGGAUCAGGGAAAGGGAUAAUAGGAGACAUGUUGCUUCUGCGGAGAAUGAGCAUAGGCGCAAAGAAGGUUCCAAAGAAAGCGAGUAUAAGAAAGGACUAAGGCCUGUUCUCUGGCUCUCUCCAAAUUUCCCUCUUCGGACUGAGGAGCUGCUGCCAUUGCUUGAUAUUCUUGCAAACAAGGUGAAGGCAAUUCGUCGUUUGAGGGAUCUACUUACAACAAAACUCCCUCCAGGAACAUUUCCAGUCAAGGUUGCUAUUCCAGUUGUGCCUACAAUCAGAGUGCUUGUGACAUUCACAAAAUUUGAAGAGCUACAGCCGCUGGAGGAGUUCACCACACCACCUUCAAGUCCUGACAACAGCAAGAGCCCAGCAGUGCAGCCUUCUUCAAGCUCCUGGAUUCAGUGGAUCAAGGCGCCUUACCGCCAGAACUUCUCGACAGCACCGGGCCCAAGCAGCCGCGUGGAGGACAUCCAGGACCCAUUUGCCAUUCCUUCCGAUUACGUGUGGACAACACCUGAAGAGAAGAAAAAGAAGACACGGGAAAAAAAGAACAAGUCGAAAAAAGGCAGGAACGGGGCAUAG